AUGAACAUCAACAAAUUUAGCGCCGUGUUUACCGUAACCCGGCCAAGCGAUCAGCCCGCGCCCACGUCCCGAGAUCAGUUCGUCUUUAAGAAUCGUACCCGUUUUAUUAUUCUACUAAUUUGUACACUAUGCUUGUCGAUUGCACAAAGCAACACGCUCACGCUGAAUUUUACUGUUAUUUGUAUGGCCGGCGAUCCGAUCAAUUUCGAUCAAUACAACGCUUCCGGCACCAUUUUCCAAACCACUAAUGGUACUUAUUACGAGACUGGUAGCUCGACGCAUUUGCUGGAAUAUGAAGACGCCGUCUUUGCUAGGCGUCAUUAUGCCUAUACGCCCAACGAGAAGAACAUGCUGUUCUCGUUUGUGGCCAUCGGCGCCAUGGUGGCCGUCUACCCGGUCAUGUGGCUCAUUCAGGUCAUGGGUUUCCCAGUGGAACAAACCGGUCUGUUCAGCGCCAUACCGCAGAUAGUGACAUUCGUGCUGAAGAUGUUUGCCGGCGUUCUGGCCGACAAGGCCACAUGUUGUCGACCGGUCACCUCCGUGAAGAUCUUCAAUCUGUUGGCCAUUGGAGGCAUGGGAAUUGCAUUCUUUAUACUCGCCGUUAUACCA